UGCUAAGCAGACGAAGAGAAGCAAAGGAACAAAAUGGCGAGGAAAAAUCAACAACAAAACUCGCCCAGAAAGUCACCUAGACUGAAACAGAGAGAGGAAUCUAGCAGUUCCACAUUGGUAAAAACUGAAGAGGACUCUUCAGAUCUGGAGGAUGGUGAAAUGGAAGUUGAUGUGGAGGGGGACAUUGAAGAAUCUCACAAUACAAGUUCUGAUCUUUGCACCUUUGACACCAGUGUUGAGGUAGAUCAAGAUCCAGAAGAUGACAAAGGCUCCAGUGAUGAAGAGGAGAUUGACAUGGAAGAUGUCGGAGAUGAGGAUCAGUUAGACUCGCAAAACAGGGGAAACAUGAUGUUAGAUGUGCUCGCACAGGUAGCAUCAGAAACCCUUGCAAGUGAUCCAUCAGCUGCAAAAACUCCAACCAAGAAGUUAACAGCCCGCAGUAUGCAGUCUCUGGAUGUGCUGUCAUUGGACCAGAUAGCCCAGCUCACAGACAAACAGCUUUUGGCAUUAUUCUCAGAUACAUCUGCACAUGAGCUGAAGCGGAACUAUACCUACACAUGUUACUUAAUGCCUGGAAAGUGCAAUAGUAGUUUCACCAGUUUUGGUAAUGAAAAUAGAGCCAGGUUGCAGAUGAGAACACAUCUUCUUGACCAUGUCAGUGAGCUGGUAGAUGAAGCAAAUGUUCCAGGGAGAUCUCACAAAAUAAAGUUCACCGCUGAACCAGUGCCUGCAAGAAAGAAGAGACUUUCAGCUGAAAAAGCAGCUGCUAAAGCUGCCAAGAAAAAGCAACAAAAGAAGCUUCACCUGUCCCCAUUGAAACCAGGACCUGCCAGUUCAAAAACAUUCAAGAAAGAUAAGGGAAAUUUCACUGUGAUUAAGUCUUCAGGACAAUCUGAAGAUGUCUACGUUUUUCCCAAAGGGAAAAUGAUAAACCUUUCAGACAUGGUUGGUAGUAAAAACUCAGAUAUUGAUGAAAAUGAAGCAAGAGAGAACUCUGACUCGGGCUCAGCAGAGAAAGGCAGAUCUGGAAACGCAUCAUCCCCAACUAGGAAAAAUAUUGUGAAGAAGUUUGCCAAUAAACAGUACAGGAUUAGAAAAAGUGUGGAAAAGAACCCAAAUCGGACAAGGCUUAGUGCUUUGCAGGCUACAGCUGGUGAGGUUGCCCCAAAGCCUAAAGACAAUCAAGAAACAAAAAGAAAAAUCAGAGAAAAUGAGGAAUUUAUUUUAGAAUUCCUCAGCAGACGACAGCCAUAUCAUGAUCACAAUUAUACCACAAUCUUUGGGCCACGAGAUACAAGUGAUGAUGAAAUGGAAGAAGGACAAGACAUUGCUGAAAUUGGUACCAGCCGAUCAUGUGCAUUAAGGUGGGGCCCUAUGCCUAAUAAAAAUGAAGAUGAAUCUGAGCAACCUAAAACACUAACUCUGACACUGAGUCAAAAUCAUGGUGAAGAUAUCAAUCCAAAAACCAUGACAAUUCCAGUGGUGCGCCUUGACAAGCUUCGCCUCCCCAGUGAUAUGACUGCCGUGCCUGUUCAGCUUGUCAGCUCAGAAGAGAUUGUUCAAAUGGGAACUGGUUCUGAGGAGCAGGCCGUUGAUGGAGUAGGAGAUACUGGGCAAAAGCCAUAUCCACCAAUGCCUAAAUCCCUGAUUGCAAAGAAGGGCAAAAUGCCAGUGCCAGAAGAAGUUUUAUCAUCCACUGAUGAAGAGGAAAUAAAUGUGACAACUUUAAAAAAGAAGAAGAAAAAACUUGUUGAAGGCAGUGCUGAAUGGGAAAGGAAAAUGGCCCUUAAGUAUAUCAGAGAACUGAAGAACAAAAAAGGCACAGAAAAGGGAAUUUUAGUUUGUAGACUAUGCAAGGACAAAACUUUCACUGCAACUGCAACACUCAUGUACCACUACAGAAGCCAUGCAGGGAUCAAGCCAUUUGUGUGCCUAAUUUGUAACACCACCUUUACCAGACAGCACAGUCUAAACUACCACAUGUUGAUUCACAAUAAUCAGAGCAGGUUUACUUGCAUUGACUGUGGAAGGAAAUUUAGGCACCCAAGCCAUUUUAAGGAGCACCUGCGGCGCCACACUGGUGAAACACCAUUUGAAUGUACAGACUGCGCCAUGAAGUUCAAGACAAGGAACACAUACAAGAGGCACUUGAAAACAAGACACGGCAAGCUGCUCACAGCCAGUGGGAUUUUCCUCUUGUCUGCAGAGGAAUUUAGCCUUGUGCGUACCAAGCCAUACAAAAAGACACUUAAACAGCAAGCAGAAGAAGCUGCAGCAGCUGGGCAUACAGUACAUGUGGAUUUUGAGGAUGAUGAGGAUGAUGAAGAAGAGGAAGAAGAAGAAGGUGGAAGCUCAUGAGAAAAUGUUUUAUUUGUUGUUGUUAAAUAGGAGUACAAAUUGAAUAGUAAUAUAAACGGUGUGCUGCUGGACAGCUUAGGAUAUAGCCAUAUAAUUCAUUGUGCCUCUAGAAUUGGGUUAUCAAGGCCAUUUCUCUUGUCAGAACGUCUGGAAAUUUAUCCAAAAUUUUAUUUUACAUAUCAAUUUGAAAGGGAAAAAAUUUCAUUGAUUGAUUGUUGUAUAUAAGUUGCCAUAUUUUACUUGACGAUGACGAAAUUCCAAAAAGCAUUUAUAUGGUUAAAGUUUAUUUUUAAAACCAGCUUUUGGGUGUUGUCGAGGUUAAUAGUAGGAAAGGCAACCUAAAAAGUUUUAUUAAGAUUAUGUAUAACGUGUAUCGAUAGAAUGCUUGAGAUUUAGUAUGAAAUUAUGAAGAAGAUUAGUAUGAAGUUGCCCUUAUUUCAAAGGGUUUAACACUUAGAUUAGAAGUUUCUAAAAAGCAUUUUUAUUUGUGAAGGAUACAUGAUCAGGUUCAGAAAAAGAUAUAUAUAUAUUUUUUGCAUUAUGUACAUUUGUAAAUAGCAGAAGAGUACUAGCUUUAUCUUUCUAUAUGCACCCACAUGUAUAUAUACAUAUAUUCUUUAUUACUGCUAUUGAUACUGAAUUUUCGCAGUUUAACUGUAUAAAGCCUAUGUAUUGCACAAACAGCUGUGGAAAACAUGAAAAUUAAAAAACUAAUAUACAACUUUUUCACCAAUUGGAUAUUACUCAAAGACCUUAUGUUUAGUCAUGAAUUUCAUGUAAUGUUCUCUUUCACAUAUACCUCAUUUAUUGGGAAACAUGUAUAGUGAUAAAUAAAAGACAGUAAUGUUAAUAA